AGUGUCAAAGCGGUGUGAGAACAUAUAGGGUGUGAUCACGGUGUUGGUUACCGUAGUAACGCGUGACACCAGCUGCCUCUUCUCAUCUCCUCUCCGUUCCUCUCAGAGUCUCGCUACGGCAAAGCAGAACCAAGGAUCCCCGGGCAUCGCCGGGAAACAGUUCCACGGAGCCCUCGGUGGAGGACAGUCCAGAGAAACUCACGGCCAAGAACUUUUUAACCUGGCCCCACUUCUUCUCCUAUUCAUAUUAUUUGGGUCCGGCCCUCAGCGCCGACAGCAGCAGCAGCAGCUCGGUGGAGAUCAGCAGCCUGCUGAACGAGGCCAAGAUGUCGGAGCGCUCCCACGCGCCGGCCCUCUCUUCAGACGAGAUCCUAGACGAGGCCCAGUUCCCCAGGCAGCACCAGGGGCCGAACCUCAGCGUGACAGAGUGGACCCCCCAGCAGGUGGCCCGCUGGCUCAUCGGACUCCACCUGGAACUCCAUGUCCCAGAAUUCACUGCCAAAAACGUGGACGGGGAGCGCCUCCUGCAGAUGGAGAGCAACGAGCUGAAGGCCCUGGGCGUCUCGUCGUCCCAGGACCGGGGGCUGCUGAAGAAGAAGAUCAAGGAGCUGAAGGUGCUGCAGGACAAGACCCGGAGGAACCGGGAAAAGCUGGAGAGGCAGCGCGACAAGCUCCGCCAGAGAGAGCAGGAGCAGCAGAGACAGAGCCAGGACGAGCCCUAGGACGAGCCCUAGGCGCCCCGGGGGAGCCCGGCACCUCCCCCUACUGUCGUUCUUAUCACGCUCCCCGCACCCAGUAGCACCUCGAGACCCCUGGACAUCGCCAAGGACCCCCGUGUCCUCAGUGGGGUGUCCUUAAAGAUGCCCGAUGCUGCUCAAAUAUUCCACAUGGCUCAGUGGUGGUGGUGGUGGUGGUGGUGUGGGGGGCCACAGUGAGACCACCAGCUGGCUGUUGGGCGGUGUGUUUUAUUUUUUUUCAGAGUAGAAAACCAAAAAAAAGGUGCUCACACUGUUGAUAGUUCGCUGCCCCCCUACCCGCCCGUCCUUCUCCCCAGCCGUCACCCCCCCCCCACCACCAACGCUAUUUCUGUAUUACGGUUUCAACAUCUGCUCAGAUCUAUAUUUAUUUAGACAUUUAUUGCUGUACGUGUAUUUAUUCAUAUUCAUGGUUAGAUGGCGAGAGGGUUGAACAUGACCUCCGCAUCCACCCAGAACAUAUCUUUUAGCUUCUUUCUUAUUUAGAGCCAUCUGUAAUAGCCAUAUUAAUGGAUGUGUACGAUAGCGUCCCUUACAAGUGGCAUUGUACAUAUACAGCGAUGAAUAUAGAUGCAGAUAUCUCUAGUGUGCCAUCAUGUGACAGGCAGAAUUAUAUACAGUAAUACAUCCUGUCUGGAGGCGUUCCUUGGGAAGUAACUGACAGCUGUGAUGAAGAACACAAGCACUCACACAAACUCUGUGGGGGGACAGAGAGAGAUCAUAUUGGCCAUUA